AUGGGUUCAACCAGCGAUGAGUUCAACGUCUACCCCUGCAUCGAUGUCCAGAAACAAGUGAUCAAACUGUCCGUUUGCGACGCGUACAGUCCCAAGAUCUGGGCCAAACAAACACUCUUCUGGCCUUUGGACGAUCGAAGCAAAGCAGGAUUCAUCUACGAUGUUCUAAAAGAAGGCAUGUCUCGACUGCUGGCCGAUGUACCUGGUCUCACUGGUAUGACCGGACGUGGAUCUGAAGAUCCUCGCGACCUGGUCAUCAACAUCCCAAGCAAUGGUCCUGCCGAGUUUACAUUCGACAACCUCGUUGGCAAGCAUGGAAUACCAGAUUAUGCGUCCUUGAAAAGCCAGCACUGGCCCAUGUCCGACGUCGUGGUGCCUUUCUCGCCACCUGGCACCAUGUCUCAAAUCUUCGAGGGGGCCUCAUUCUUCAAAGCGCAGCUCAAUGUUCUUAACGGCGGGCUUGCGUUGUGCAUAGCUAUGAACCAUCUACUUACAGACGGGGCUUCUAUAGCAGAAAUCGAGGAGAUCUGGUCAAAGCACACCGCAGACGUCAGUGAUGGCAAGCCAUUCCAAAGCCACAGAAUUGAAACUCCGGAUUAUGACAUCAGAAAACGGCUUUCCACACCCAUCGAUGGUGCCAAAGAUUUCACCCAUGUGAAUUGGGAUCUCUUCCCAACGGAGAAGUCUCAGGUCAAUCUACCAAAGUUGACUCCUUCCAAGGAGACUGCUCUGGGAGUCUUGGAGACUGCCAAGAAAGAGCAUCUGUCGAAUGUUAAUGUGCAAGCAGAGGACGUCAAAUGGUGCGUGUGGUACUUCAGUGCCGAAAGUCUGUCCAAACUGAAGCAAGACGCUUCUGGUACGGACAAAUCUCAAUGGAUCUCGACCAUCGAUGCACUCGUGGGGCUCUUCUGGUCGCGCACUGCUCAUUCUCUCAAGAGCAAAAGCAAGGGACACGAGACGUCUUUUGCUCUCUUUCCAAUCAACAUACGACACCGUCUCCAGCCGCCCUUGCCAAGCAAGUACAUCGGCAAUGCUGUAGACAUUGUCUUCCUCAACUGCCCCAUCGCAAAGCUCGAAGCCGAUGCCAACGAGGGCAUACAAGCUGCAGCCCAGCAUGUGCGUAAAGCUGUCAGUGGUUGGGAUCAGUCUCUGUGGGAGUCUUGGUUGUCCAAGGCCGCGACCAUGUCUCCAGAACUGUCCAUCUGUCCUAACCCUCUGGCUCUGCUCAACAUCCACAACAUUGGCUUCAAUGAUUUCUCGAAAGUGCAGUCGAAUCUGCUUGACUGGGGCAGUGUGCUCGGUCGUGCUGACAGGGUUCGCUACAUGGGCAAUCCCAACAUGUUCUCCAACUGCGCUCCCACUGUCAGGGUACACCCUAGAUUGGCGGAUGGUGGGCUUGAGGUUGCUACGACCGCAAAUGAGCAUGCGAGAGAAGUUAUGGGCAAUGAUGAGGUGAUGUUGCGUUACGGGAAGCUUAUUACGGUGUAUGCUUGA